AGAAAAAAAAAAAAAAGAGAUUAUGGGGAAGUCUUGGAUUAACUUAGGAGAGAAAAACAACAUUUGACAAUUUGUAAUUUUCAAACUCAUGUUAUAAAGCAAAAAGGUUCACUUAUAUCCGAUUUUUUUAAUAUACUUGGAAUUAUUCGAAUAACCUAGAUUGUAAGCUAGAAUUUGAGAAAUAAAUUUCCCAUAUUUGGUUAAUGAAAAAAUAAAAUAAAAAAUUCCCAUAUUGAAAAUUGAGUCUAAAAGUAGAAUAAAGUUACAACAUUGUUCAACCAAAAAGAAAAACCGAAAUCAAACCGUAAAUAAAUUUUAUACCAUAUUUUUAGUAUUCGGAUAAAAUUUGCCCAUCCCGAGAAAGUCAGAAAACGAUCAUUUUCUAGGAAAACGAACGAACAGAGGACAAAUAUAUUAGAUAAACAGAGGGAAACAAGAACAAAAACGUUUGCUUCAUUCUCUGAAAGACUCUAAUGGCAGCCACCACGAGACGGUUGCUUUACUAUGUGUCCAAAAGAUUCUCUACCGCCGGAGUGCGGCGGAGCUAUGGCGGUCUGCCACAAUCGAAUUCCAAAUCUCCUCCGUCUUCUUCUCAACGAUUGAUGGAAUUGGAAUCUGAAUUCAGUGCCCACAAUUACCAUCCUGUUCCGGUUGUGUUUUCUCGCGCGAAUGGCUCAACUAUAUGGGACCCUGAAGGAAAGAGAUACAUUGAUUUUCUUGCAGCUUACUCUGCAGUUAAUCAGGGACAUUGUCAUCCUAAGAUCAUGAAGGCAUUGCAGGAACAAGUGGAGAAGCUCACUUUAAGUUCACGAGCGUUUUACAACGAUAAAUUCCCGGUAUUUGCUGAGCGUCUCACAAACAUGUUCGGUUAUGAUAUGGUGCUUCCUAUGAACACGGGUGCUGAAGGUGUCGAAACUGCUUUGAAACUAGCAAGAAAAUGGGGUCAUGAAAAGAAAAAUAUUCCCAAAGACGAGGCUAUCAUUGUCUCUUGUUGUGGCUGCUUUCAUGGACGUACAUUAGCAAUUGUUUCCAUGAGUUGUGACAAUGAUGCUACUCGUGGAUUCGGGCCAUUGUUGCCAGGGAAUCUUAAAGUUGAUUUUGGUGAUGCGGAUUCACUUGAGAAAAUCUUUAAAGAAAAGGGAGAUAGAAUAGCGGGAUUUCUAUUCGAGCCUAUUCAAGGCGAAGCUGGAGUUAUUAUUCCUCCCGACGGUUACUUGAAAGCUGUUAGAGAACUCUGCACAAAAUACAAUGUUUUGAUGAUAGCGGAUGAAGUACAAAGCGGUCUGGCUAGAUCCGGGAAGAUGCUAGCUUGUGAUUGGGAAGAAAUUCGUCCUGACAUGGUGAUACUUGGGAAAGCAUUAGGUGGAGGAGUAAUUCCAGUAAGUGCAGUGCUUGCUGAUAAAGACGUGAUGCUUCAUAUAAAACCUGGUCAACACGGAAGCACAUUUGGUGGUAACCCUUUAGCUAGUGCUGUAGCUAUGGCUUCUUUAGACGUUAUCGUGGAAGAAAAACUCGUUGAAAGAUCAGCAAGUCUUGGAGAGGAACUGAGGAUUCAAUUGAAUGAAAUCAAGAAACAGUUUCCGAAGUACAUAAAGGAAGUACGAGGAAGAGGCUUGUUUAAUGCGAUUGAGUUCAAUAGCGAAAGCUUGUCCCCGGUUUCAGCUUACGAUAUUUGCUUGAGCUUGAAGGAGAGAGGAGUCUUGGCUAAACCUACUCACAACACUAUUGUCCGGUUAACUCCACCACUCUCUAUAAGCUCUGAUGAACUCCGAGAUGGAUCUGAGGCUCUUCACGAUGUACUCGAGCUCGAUCUUCCAAAUCUGCUGAAAAUCAAUUCCGGUAAAACUCCGGUUUCUCAUAUAACCGAGUGUGAUCGCUGUGGAAGAAACCUCUAUGCUUGAACCGGUUUGAAACUUGAUUAGGUUCUGGUAUAAUUAGAUUCUUUGUAUCUUGUGAUUUCCAUAGGACACAGCACCGGUUUGGUAUAAGAAAUAUAUUAAAGUAUAAGGCCGAACCGGAUUCUACCGAGCUUGGUAGAAAUAACUCUGGUUUAUUUCUGGUUUGGCAUUAAAUAAAACCAACAUAAAAUAAUAUGAUGCCUGUUUUCAUAGGUGUUAUACAUGAUAUCUCAAUUAACAAAUAAAUGUUACAUAACAAUAUGUAUGGAAGUAUGGAUGUACUAAUUUAUACGUACACGUGUUGGCAUGUGUAGAUAGAUAUUGAUAUGGAACAUGAAAUCAUGAAUAAACA